CUUCCUCGAUCUGCCUCGGCGCCGCUUCAUCGAUCUGCCUCAGUGCCGUUUGGAUCGUUGCGGCGACGGCUUCAUCGGUCUUCAGCUCCGGCACCUGCAUCCUGAAGGAGUGCGAUCUCGUGGCUGGUUUCAUCGGUUCUGGGAACCAAAUUGCCGAGGGGACUUCCACAACUUGUACUGCUUAAUUUCCCUAUCCGAGACUACAAUCUUGUCCUAGGAUGGCGACGGACAUGUUGACCAUAUACCUGCACUAUGAAGUUACAAAUCAGGAAGCCAAAAUGUUACAAAGAUCCAUGAUGAGGCGUGAUGUCUCGUAUUAUGACUUAAUCUUGAUGAUCGAGGAAGUUGGCUUUCAGGCAAUUGACUUUCUGUACUAUGCAAAAAAAACUCGUCUAGGCAGCUCCUUCUUAGUUCACAAUUAUGAUCAAGGUCUUGUGUUGAAAAUGUUGUCCGACCCUGAGAUUGUGAAAGCUGUCCAUCUGUAUGUGUCUAAGGAGAAGGUUGACGAUCAUAUUGCGCCGCCUAGUAAGCAAAUUCAUAUUGCUCCAUCUAACCAUCCGAAUGAGAGUGUUCUCUUACAACACGGUGGUGUCUCUGCUGAAGGGGCAGGGCAACUUACUAUGGGAAUGCCGCAAAGACCAUGAUGUCAACCAAUUACAAAUUCAACAGAAUUCAUCAUCAUCACAAGACCAUGUUAUUGAUUCUGUGCCAGAGGUGAGGGAAACCAGGGAUCUUACGGGUGAAUCUGUUUCAAGAACGAACCAGCAGGGGACUAGAAGUGAACACCCACACCCAGCUCGCUCAAAAAGAAAGCGUACUUCUUCCAUCAAGGCUGCUUCCAAAGUAGUUUUAAAGACUUCAACAUAUCCCAACAAGCGGAAUGUUGCGUAUGGUACUAUUCGGAGUACUAAUCCAAGAACUAAGGUUGGUGGUAUUGAGUUAGGUGCUGAAUUUGCCCUUGUGCGCAUAGAUCAACCUAUUCUUGAUAAUGAGGAGUUGGUAAGGGAAGUUUCUAAUUGCAAGACAAUUGGUGAGGCUUUCACUUCAGGAUACUUAAUUACCUGGCCUUCAGCUUUUAUUCGAGAGAAGGAUAGUUGAGUUGCAGCUGAAUUCUUGGAUCAAGAUGCAAAUAAAAUUGGAAGAUUUUAGCUACCAAUAGUUGUAGUUUACAUUGAUAGAUUUAAAAAUGUAAUAUCAUCAACAUGAUAUUUUUCUUCAUCGAAUUGAUGUAAAUGUAAUA